AUGGCCUCUCUUCUUCCUCCAUUGGCGGUGCCCAAGCGAAACCCUCGCCGGUUGGCUCAUGGAGGUCUUGGUGGCUGUGUGCAGACUGGACAACAAGAUAGGUUUUAUGAAACAUAUAACAGGAAAAUGAGCCUGUCGAGACGCCCGCUGCGAGGGAAGAAGGCACCGCUUGCAGUAAACAUUAAUGUGGAAAAUCGAGACAUUGCUCUGAGCACAAUGACACCUACUUCCGUAGUGCUGCACGAUGAUUCGAGUUAUGGAGAGUUCGGCAACCCUUUUGCGGACCAGAUGAAAGCACCGCCUUCGGAUGAGAAGAGUGUGGAACUCGUAUCACCCAUUGAGCAACAUGAAUCGGGUAGACAUUCACCUGUGUUUGUCAAUCGACCUCAAACACCGCCAACACCAGAACAAACAGCCACUUUGCCGGUUGAACUCCCCGGUUCGAUUUUACUUCCAAGUCAAGGCUUCCCUCAGACAAAUCCUCCAAUCGCUCCAGCAAGAGAUAAUUUUAAGACUUUUGCCUCUGACGACGAAUCUAGACGCAGCUCCACACCUAGUCUAGACUAUUCAUCAUCAACGACUGAUAGCGAUAUGGACAUGCUCAAGAACCUCACCUCUCCUUCGAAAAGGUCAGGCAGAGCGAACACAUUUCCUGCCCCGCAAGUGAUAAAGGCCAGUAAGCCUAUACCAGCAAUGAGCGCAGACGAACUGAUGAGAUGUUUACCGGAACUGAAUAUGUCUAUCAUAACUCAUAGCUGGGUUCCGGCAAUGGAGAAUGAGCUUAAGCGGAUCAAAGCGUUAUUGCAGGAAGCCGCCGAGGUACAAGUCCAGAAUCAAGCAGAUUUGGGCAAUUUUGGAAGUGUGAGUUUGGAUCCGUGUAGAAGUAUUUCGUGGACCAACUUAUUUCAGGAUGUCAAUUCGAUCGCUGUGUCGGCUCGGAACAUAUCACGAACCUAUUUCGAUGCAAUACAAAGAGUCAGACCGUUGGCUGACCGAGAUGCGAAAGCCAUCACCGACCAACUCGAAGCUGCUCAAGCAGAGCUACGCGUGGCUCUAGCUGUGGUCGAAGAGAAGAAGAACAUCAUUUCAGACAACGAAAACCUCAUCCAAGCACUCCGCGAAACAAUUGCGGCAAAUGCUCGAACCCUUGGUGGCUUCAUCCAAGAUCACGUUGGCAGUCGCCUCAACAACAUUCGCGACAUACGUACCGAAGAGGUCAAACAGCUUCUUGAAGAUUAUCAACAGACUUCCUCUGGAAGUGAAGCGCACACACCAUGUCAUUACGUCCGGAUUCCUGAGCAGCAGUACAACUCACACCUUCGAACCCUUCACGAUGCGCAGCAAAAAGUUGAGACCUACAGCACGAUUGCACAUGAUCAACUUGAGCUCAUCAAGUCCCAGUCUGCUGACCUUGAUAAACGCAUAGAGGGGUACGGAGAAUGUUUGGCCAUGCUUGAAAAACGUGACAGUCGAAUCGUUGAGCUCGAGUCGAAAAUCGGGGCAAUCGAAAAAGAACUCAAAGAAGCCAAGGAGACAGUCGAGGCUUACUGCAUUCUCAAACAAGAGCACGAAAACCUUGGUCAGCACUGUAAAGACCUUGGUUGGACUCUCCAAAGCAUCAAGGAUGGAUGUCAGAAACAAAUGGAGGACCGUGAUACCGAAAUCUUCACUUUGCGACAACAACUAGGCGAUGCUGUGAUGGAAAUAGCAGCACACAAGACAGAGGCGAAGGCGGCAAUCCCGCAGCCGGAGUCUGCCAGCCUUGCUUCACGAUUCAGAAAUCCUCUCCACCUUGGGAGGCACGCCACAGCACAAGAUCGAAACCUGCCCAUCAAUGCACGUAGGGCACGAUCAAGCGGCAAAGUCCCCGCAAGCCAAAGCAUGCUCUCUCUCAACACCUCGGAAGCAAACCUAAUACCAGCAAAAUUUUCCAUCCAUCGGAGCCAGAACACACCCAGCCCAGUCUCUGACACCACAAGACAAUCAGCCGAAUCCCCCAGCGAUCAAGGUAGCAGUAGCGGCAACCGCAGGUGGCUGAGCGGUUUAAGGCUUCACCCGCCCAACACCGCUCCUUUGACCCCUAGCAGCAAUGUCCCAGAGCUUCGCCCAAGAAAGGGGUAUCUUUCCACCAAGAGAAACCCAUCACGGACAACGGGAGUCGUUGUAGGAGAAGGAGCAAGACCAUCGAGCGUGCUUGUGGACUGCGAGAAAGCGCUACCCUGCCCUCCCGUCUGCGAAUCACAAGACUUUCAGCUUCACCACGAGAACAAGAACCAGGACGAGGAGGAAGAUGGAAGCAAGAUGGAGAAAGAAAGCGACACUCCUCACUCUCCCUCAGCCGCCGUCCCGCUUCACAGAAGCCCCCUAACAGUUAGUCCACUGAAACUGAGCCCAGUCAACCGCCGCGUCCUCAGCGGCAUCACCGAGAGAUCCGUCGAAGACGCAACUUCUCCUGAUAGUACCACCAGCAGCGACAAAAAUAUUUUUCGUAGUAGUAUCGCCAUGCUGGAUAAGUUCGAUGAGAUGGAUGGAGAUGAGCCGAACACGCCGUCGAGUGCGAGUCAAGCUGGAGUGUUUGACUAUGCGCGAAGAAGUGGUGACGAGAUGAGCAGUCCCGUCCGGUCAACCAGGGAUGUGAGGGAAGCAGUCAGAAUCAGAGAGAGACAGAAAGAGAAAGAGAAAGAGAAAGAGAAAGAGAAAGAGAAAGAGAAAGAGAAAGAGAAAGAGAAAGAGAAAGAGAAAGAGAAAGAGAAAGAGAAAGAGAAAGAGAAAGAGAAAGAGAAAGAGAAAGAGAAAGAGAAAGAGAAAGAGAAAGAGAAAGAGAAAGAGAAAGAGAAAGAGAAAGAGAAAGAGAAAGAGAAAGAGAAAGAGAAAGAGAAAGAGAAAGAGAAAGAGAAAGAGAAAGAGAAAGAGAAAGAGAAAGAGAAAGAGAAAGAGAAAGAGAAAGAGAAAGAGAAAGAGAAAGAGAAAGAGAAAGAGAAAGAGAAAGAGAAAGAGAAAGAGAAAGAGAAAGAGAAAGAGAAAGAGAAAGAGAAAGAGAAAGAGAAAGAGAAAGAGAAAGAGAAAGAGAAAGAGAAAGAGAAAGAGAAAGAGAAAGAGAAAGAGAAAGAGAAAGAGAAAGAGAAAGAGAACGAGCAAGCUCAAGCUGUACGGAUAUGCGUAAGCAUAUACAGAUCAAAAACAGGCAUAAAGUAG